AUGCACGCUCUGUUGGAUGUGAGCCUUGGUUCCGGAUCGGGUGCUGCUGCAAAGGCAGCCACUACGUCCACCAUCACCGCUGCGCCAACCGCCGCUUCGACUGGCCAGCCGACGAUGCCAUCGAGCUUCUCUGCCCCAGUCCAGGGUCACGGCGUGCUCUCUCUUGAGAACCUUCCCGCCAUGCCGCCUGUCAUUGACAAGGUCCUCUCUGGUGUUCUCGGAGCUGCUGUCGGUCUCCUAUCUGGAGCUUGCAACACCGACCACAAGUGCACCGUCACUGUCGCAGGCUCUCUCGAGAACCUGCUCGUCGACGGCGACAAGUACUCCAUGAACAACACUGUUUCCGCAUGGUGCGCCGAGGGCCGAUGCUACGGUUCCGCCAACAUUCCUCUUUCGGCUACCGCCCCCUUCGUCAUUACCUGCGACCAGAUCUCUGGCCACAAGGCGUGCUCCGCCACCAUUUCGGGUAUUGCCCGUGCCAUCUUCGCCAACGGAGAGCAAGUCGGUAAGUUUGACGUUCCAUCAGACAAUUCCACAACAGAUGCUAACAAGUUAUAG